CGUCCCAGAUCUCACAACCAUGUCAAGUUCUUCAUCAUCCACGUCUGAUGGCCGCCCAUCGACCUCCAAAAAACUCUUUGGUCGGGAGAAGCCUCUUCAUGAUCUUCUAGGUGGAGGAAAAGGUGCUGACAUUGUUCUAUGGAGAAACAAGCCGUUAUCAGCAGGGAUACUUGCUGCGGUUACUGUGAUAUGGCUACUCUUCGAGGUGGUGGGAUACCAUCUUCUCGCACUCCUUUGCCACAUGACUAUUGUAGCUAUGCUAGCGGUCUUCAUUUGGGACAAUGGAGCAGAUCUGGUUAAACUGCCUUCUCCCUCGAUCCCUGGAGAUUACUUACCAGUAGCAGCCUUCAGAGAAGUUGUGCUGACCUUCAAAGAAGUUGUGCUGACCUUCAAAGAAGCUGUGCCGACCUUCCAAUCCAUGUUUUAUGGCUUUAUGUUCUUGCUCCGUAACAUUGCAUAUGGAAAAGAUCUCAAGUCGCUCCUCUUGGCAGUUGGUUCUCUCUGGUUACUAUCAGUGAUAGGAAGCUGUUGGAGCUUCCUUGGUCUCCUAUAUUUUGUCUGUCUCUGCAUUCAGACGCUGCCUGCUUUAUACGAGACAUAUGAGGACCAAGUGGACGAUCUAGCGAGCAAGGGAAUCCAUCAUCUAAAAGAACUUCUGAAAAAAUUUCGUGAGGAUUACCUCCCCACAAUUCCAAGAGGCUCGGUGGAGGAAAAGAAAGUCCAGUGAACAUCUCAGCUUUCCACUGGGUCGACAAGAUUCGUCAACAACUAGUAAUAAAUAUAUAUUCUUUUCUUUACAGAGGAUCUCAGAUGUGUCGACGUGCCUUAUUUAAAUUGUGAAGUGACUUCUCACAAAAUGUUACAUAUUUAUAAGAAAAUGCAUGGAAAAAUUGACUGCCUUCUCCUUC